CCAGGAUCCAGGUUUAGCUGACGCUCCCAUCCCCUAGCUCAUCACAUUUUCUAUAAGGCGCGUUCCUGCUCGCUCACGCACGCGCAAGCCUUGCAGUUUCUUGUUCGUUUAGCUGCGGACUGUACCAAGUAAACCCGGACAGCGAGGGGCAAAGCCCGGAACCCCCUGCGCGGGUCUCGUCGACGGCCCAACUCGGAGAGCCCCUCUUCCCACAGUACGACGGGAAUGGUCCAUCUCGCCGCGCAAGCGCCCUAGGCUCUUCACGCCGCUUUGCACUGCCUCCUACCCGACUUGCAGCGCAGGCGCAGAGCCGAGGCGUGCAGCCGCCGCCGCCGAGCCAGAGCGGGGGCAGCUAGCGCCGCAUCCCGCUCUACCUGCCAACAUCCUGCAUUGGAGAACUUGUGACCCAGGUGUGGCUCUGAAGAGCUGGCCGGGGAGGGACGCUGCCCAGCUGCUGCUCUUCUCCUGUCUCCUGUCCCCUCCCCUGGCCAUGACAGAGACCCGUGAGCCAGCUGAGACUGGGGGCUAUGCCAGCUUGGAAGAAGACGAUGAGGACCUCUCUCCAGGCCCCGAGCAUUCCUCUGACUCUGAGUACACUCUCUCAGAGCCAGACUCCGAAGAGGAAGAAGAUGAAGAGGAGGAGGAGGAGGAGGCCACUGAUGAUCCUGAAUAUGACCCUGGCUACAAGGUGAAGCAGCGCCUGGGGGGAGGCCGGGGGGGCCCAUCCCGCCGGGCCCCCCGUGCAGCCCAGCCCCCAGGCCCCCCAGCCCAGCCCUGCCAGCUCUGUGGCCGCUCGCCCCUUGGGGAGGCCCCACCAGGGACCCCGCCCUGCCGGCUCUGCUGUCCUGCUACAGCCCCCCAGGAAGCUCCAGCCCCUGAAGGCAGGGCCCUCGGGGAGGAAGAGGAGGAGCCACCUCGGGCUGGGGAGGGCCGACCAGCUGGGAGGGAGGAGGAGGAGGAAGAGGAGGAGGAGGAGGAGGAGGAGGAGGAGGGCACCUACCACUGUACAGAGUGUGAGGAUUCCUUCGACAACCUCGGGGAGCUGCAUGGGCACUUCAUGCUGCAUGCCCGGGGGGAGGUGUAGGGGGAGACCCCACCCAGGGAGCUUGGCCAAAGGGGUGGGGUGGGAGGAGGGGGCAGAGGAAACUGGGGGAGGGUCACAAUGGUCAUGGGGGAUGGGGGUAACGCCAAUCUGUGUCGUCUUAGCAGUAGAUGUGUGAAGGCCAGAAUAAAAGCCAAAUUCUGUGUGUGUUGG